CAGACCACGAUGUUUAAUCAACGCCAUUCAAUGAUUGCGUUUCUAUGAUACAAGUCAGUAUACAGCAGACACCGGUCGGGUGUUACAUAAAAAAUUAGCAACGGAUAGUACGAUAAAUUCGCAAGUAGAACCAAGGUAAAAACAGUGAACUUGAUAGUGUUUUGCAUAGAAGCGGUUCACCGCCGGCACCAUGGUUCUUGUCACUUUGAUCUUUUUUAUAAUUGGCGCCUUGGCGAUUCGAAGGCUAUUCAUGGAUUGGAUGUUUCCUGAUGUUAGUUGUCCAGUGUUUAUGGGCGGAAAAACGGCCGUGGUGACAGGAGGUAGUUCAGGUCUGGGUUACGAAAUCGUGCUAGCAUUGGCUUCCAGAGGAUGUAGGGUGAUCAUCGCUGACAAGAACUCAGAUGAAUACAUCAAAGAUGAGGUUAUCAAUAAAACCGAUAAUCCAAACAUUUCAAUAUAUCAUCUGGACCUAUCGUCGUUCAAGUCUGUCAGAGAGUUUGCAGAUAAGUUGAAGAGGUCAGUUGAGAAAGUUGACAUUCUAUUCAACAAUGCAGGAAUUGGAGGAAGUGAUGAUAGGCUGACUGAAGAUGGACUGAACUUUGUCUAUCAGAUCAACUACUAUGGUGGAUUUCUUCUCACACAUCUCAUUGUAGACUUGUUGAAGAAAUCCAAUUCAGCACGAAUCCUCUUUACAUCAUCACCAGCAUCUUAUUUCCAUGAUCUGAGAGGCUUCGAUAAGAAGCAAUUGACAACUGGUGCAAGCAUACAUAAUUACUCAUCAACGAAGUGCCUCAGCAUUGUAUGUUCUGACAUAUUUGCCGACAAACUGAAGAAGUACAAUAUAACAUCUAACGCCUGGCAUCCUAUUGGUGCCACUACACCGAUAUUUCAACGAUGUUUAAACGAGACCAAAGGAGGCGGAAAUAUCGCUCUCGUGUAUCUUUUAUGGUUUGGUGCACGCAUACUGACACCGGAACCUAGGAGAGCAGUACUGAGAGCAGUGUACUUGGCAUGCGCGAAAGAGAUGGAGGGGGUGACAAAAGGGUUUUUCAUGCCUUCAGGAGCAGCACGUAGACCAGCGAUAGCGCUCAAUGAAAAUUUUUGCCAGGAGGUGUGGGAUUUGUCUGAAGAGGCUGUUCAACUGAAGCGAGAAGAGAAAUUAUGAGUCAAUGUGCUGUUAAACUAAAAUUAAGCUUAUCCGUACUUAUGUAUGUGUAUAAUGAGACCAAACUGUUGUUCCAUCAUGUUUUAAAAUUCUCAAAAUAAGCUGAUGCGUCUAUCAAUUGUAUAUCUCAUCGGACUAUUGUUGACAUAAUUGACGUAAUAUACUUUUUUCUAAUUAUUUUGUAGCACAUAGUUCUCAAAUCGUGGAAAUAAUUUCGAAUCUCUUAUGUUUGAUUAAGGAUUUUUGAAAAGCGUGUUCAUGAUCCGAUGGAAUUAUUGACCAGAGCGAAUCAAUGAGAAGGCGUCCUUGAAGUAACGGAUCUAAUUAAUUUAGUAGAUUUGUUGUAAAAUGUCUCUUAAGCUUGAUAAAAAUUAUACAAUCUGUGUAAAAUCCUCAUAUUAAAUCAAAG